UGGUAGCAGAGCGCCACUGCGGGGGACCAGACGAUGGACUGGGCCCGUGCAGACAAAGGAGUGUUCGUGCCAGGAGUGAGCCAGCAAGCCAGACGGCGUGGGCUGCCUUACAUGCCGUCACCAGUGAAGAAGCCAGUUCCGCCCCGCGGCAGCAAACGCGUUGGUGUUUGCCAGCAGGCAGGAGAAGUUGCACUGGAAGACACAGCAGGAGCUGUGGGGCAGGAAGAGUCCUUCAGGUCGUAGUGCAAACGAGCCAUUCUGCGGGUGUCAGAACCCAUCAAGCGCGCAACACUGAGAUGAUGAAACAUGCCUGGAAUAAUUACAAGCGCUACGCCUGGGGGUUGAACGAACUGAAGCCCAUCUCCAGAGAAGGCCACUCCAGCAGUCUGUUUGGUAACAUCAAAGGAGCAACUAUAGUCGAUGCCCUGGAUACACUUUUUAUUAUGGGAAUGAAAGAUGAAUUUCAGGAAGCAAAAUCAUGGAUUGAAAAAAAUUUAGACUUUAACGUGAAUGCUGAGGUUUCUGUUUUUGAAGUAAAUAUACGCUUUGUUGGUGGACUGCUAUCAGCCUACUAUCUGUCUGGAGAAGAGAUAUUUCGAAAGAAAGCAGUGGAACUUGGGGUAAAAUUGCUACCUGCAUUUCAUACUCCUUCUGGAAUACCUUGGGCAUUGCUGAAUAUAAAAAGUGGCAUCGGGAGGAACUGGCCCUGGGCCUCCGGAGGCAGCAGCAUCCUGGCGGAAUUCGGGACGCUGCAUCUGGAGUUCACACACCUGAGCCACCUGUCAGGAGACCCCGUCUUUGCUGAGAAGGUAAUGAAUAUCCGAACAGUGCUGAACAAACUGAAAAAACCCAAAGGCCUUUAUCCCAACUAUCUGAACCCCAGUAGUGGACAGUGGGGUCAACAUCAUGUGUCGGUCGGAGGACUUGGAGACAGCUUUUAUGAGUAUUUGCUCAAGGCGUGGCUAAUGUCCGACAAGACAGAUCUGGAGGCUAAAGAGAUGUAUUUCGAUGCCGUUCAGGCCAUCGAGACUCACCUGAUCCGGAAGUCGAGCGGGGGGCUGACGUACAUCGCGGAGUGGAAGGGGGGGCUCCUGGAGCACAAGAUGGGCCACCUGACCUGCUUCGCGGGGGGCAUGUUUGCGCUCGGGGCCGAGGGGGCGCCUGAAGGCCUGGCCCAGCACUACCUGCAGCUCGGGGCCGAAAUCGCGCGCACCUGCCACGAGUCUUACAACCGCACCUUCAUGAAGCUGGGACCGGAAGCCUUCAGAUUCGAUGGCGGGGUAGAAGCCAUUGCCACAAGGCAAAAUGAAAAAUACUACAUCUUGAGGCCGGAAGUGAUUGAGACGUACAUGUAUAUGUGGCGGCUGACUCAUGACCCCAAGUACCGGAAGUGGGCCUGGGAAGCUGUGGAGGCUCUGGAAAGCCACUGCCGAGUGACCGGGGGCUACUCGGGCCUGAGGGACGUGUACUUCGUUCAUGAGAACUAUGACGAUGUGCAGCAGAGUUUCUUCCUGGCGGAGACACUGAAGUAUCUGUACUUGAUAUUUUCCGAUGAUGACCUUCUGCCCCUGGAACACUGGAUCUUCAACACUGAGGCGCACCUGCUCCCUGUGCUCCGCGCAGAUAAAAAGGAAGUUGAAGUCAAAGAGAAAUAAAGACAUUUUCUGUUUUCUUCUACUUCAUUCCUUCACUGCGUACCGUAAUGGGUCCUUUCCUGGUAAUCAGGCACAUGAUGAACUCUUAUCAAUAAGUCUGUGGUUGUUCUAAGUUCGAAAGUUGUUUUGCAGUCCUUUGUGUUUACUGUGAGGCAUAAAUACACCUUCAUUCCUGUUCCUUUCUUAGCCAGUAGACUCGCAGAUUUUGCCCAUUUGUCUGUCUGGUUUGUUUCAAAUCUGCCAUCACUGCAGAUCAUCAAGGUGUAGCAUCGUUUCCGUUUCGUGAGCAGAAUGGCAGCCAGUGACCUCUCCAUGACAAUUUGAUUUGACUGCAAAACUUUUUCCUCCUCUGUGAGGAGAUGACGUCUGCUUUAAGCUGUAAUGUUUUGCCAUGUUGCAAAAAGCCAUAAUAAUAAAUGAAAUAUUAAAAAGCUUUUUCCUUUCCAGUAUCAUGUAAACACGAUUUGUCUUUCCACCAGAGACACAUCUGACUGUGACAGCCUCUGAGCGGGUCUAUCGUUAUUUGAUAGGUCGUCUCCCACACAGCUCCACUCACCUUACAUUUCAGAUUAGAAAGUUGUACCCAGAGUCAUCUCGUGGACCUCAGUUCAUUGGAACCACAGUAUCUUUGGUUGGUUGAUUACAGUGCUGUUUCCUUGGUGGUGGUGAAUUUGUUCUCAACUUUUGCAUUAAGUGUCCGGGUCAUUUCUAGACCUUGGGCCACUUAAUUCCUUCCAUUCCCCACUCCACAGCAAGGUGAGCUCUCAGGUUGUGCAGAGCUCUGCUAAUUGGUGAGAUACAUUUUUUAAAGGGAAACGGUGUCGCUGUUAAUGUGCUAGCUUUUGCUUUCAACCAAAUAAGUAAACGAAUUGAGUCUCUCAAAAGAGAUGAGGAUUUCAUGUGGCUAUUAGUGCAUUUAUUUCCAUUUCAUCUUAAAUUUUUUUCUUAAGCAUUCCAUUUGAUUCAGAUUUUUCAAGUUUGAAAGGAGCCUUUCUCAAAUGUAGUAAAUUAUUUCAUUUGAAAGCGGGAUUUGACUCAAUGGGAGAAGAUUUGGCAAUUUAUUCCUAGUUAAGGAAAGUCUAACAAACUCUUAGGUCAAAUAAUAUAUUUAGUUUGGUUAAAUUAAAUGUGGCAAAUCUAACUUAGAAGCAGUAUAUAGCAAUGGACACCUCAUAAUUUGUCUGCAGCAGAUCCAAAUAACUCUUUAAUUCUUCUAAACAUUAAAUGUUGAAAGAAAGAGGAACAGUUUCCCCAAGAACAGAUUUAGUGAGACCUUGUGCUUUAUCACACUGGUCAUAUUUCCAUACAAGGCCUAAUCCGAUGCUGUGUGCCAAGGUACAAAGACUCUGACAGCCUGAAUUUUCACCCUAGAAUGGUCCGGCAGAUCUGUGCACCCCAUGCGUCAGGCCAGAGCAUACAAAGCUGCUAUGUUUUAGUUUAAAGUUGUCCAGGAUCAGCAAUUUCAUAUGAUUCAGACUGGUAUUUUUAAAACAAUAUUUUGUAGAUCUCUUUAGACCACAUUUUUAGCUAUGUCAGCUUUUUAAAAUGUUUCAAAAGAUUUCCCUCGAUUGGACCGGUUAGUGUGGCCUGUUUUGUUUGUUUUGGUUUUCAUUGCGAUGCCGUGGUGUGUGUUAGUACAUUUGUGAAGACGGUAAACUACAGAGGUCCCUUAGUACAGCCUUCUUUCUGGUCGUCAGUGCAUCCCUGACCCCAAAUAACACCUCUCACUUGUGUCUUAAGCUCCCCUCAAGAAAUGCCUGGACAAGUGGUUUUCCUCAAAACUUUAAGGCAAGAUAGAUUACCACCCAAAUUGGGUAUGCGUAUUUAUGUUGUACUUUUCACAUGAACAUCCUUGGACUAGAGAUUUACAUUAAUGAGUUUUAUUUGCAUUUCAAUGUGACUCAAAGCUGCACACAGAGCUGAUCCAUCCCCUGCAGCAGGUAGAGUGCGGGGUCAGGCUGUGUGUACCCCACAUCACUGCAGUGAGCCCCCGUGUGCUCUGGCAAGGAGACAGGAAGCUAUGGUACACAUUGCUCUGCCAGUGGCAAGAGUAAGUUUUUAGUUCUAGAACU